AUGGCGCAGCAGUUCCCCAUCCAGCUCCACUCCGUGGUCAACCUGGCCGACCAGGGUGUGAGCGCGAGUUCCUUUCGCUUCGGGAAUGUGGCGAUGCACGGCGACAAGAACUUGGUGGUGAAGGACACCGAGUCGAAUGAGCUGUACAUUUUCUCGCUGGCCGUGCGCGAGGUCCAGGAGGGUCGUGUCUCGCCCUCCUUGCCGGCCUUUUCCUUCACGAAGAAGCCAACGCAGGCCGAGGCGGCGCUGAUGCACCCCAGCGAGAAGAUCGUCGCCCUACGCGCCAAGACGGAAGGUUCGGCUGGGCACAUGAUUCAGGUUUUGAACCUCGAGACGAAGGCGCGUCUGGGCACCGCGCAGAUGAGCGAACCCGUGGUGUACUGGCGGUGGGUCGGACCGAACCUCCUCGCCCUCAUUACUGACCGCACAGUUUUCCACUGGACUGUCGGCGAGAACAACACGGAGACCAGUGCCGAGCCCGUGAAAAUCUGCAGCCGCGAAGGCAGACUCGCCGACGCCGUCCAGAUCAUCUCCUACGCGGUCGACAAAGACCUCAAGUGGUGCAUCCUCACCGGCAUCUCCACUCAAGACGGGGGCAAGACGAUCGACGGCAGCAUGCAGUUGUACUCGAUGGAGUUGAAGAAACAACAACAGCUCGAGGGCCACGCCGCGUGCUUCAACAACAUCGUCAUGGACGAGGCUGUCGGACCGCAGCCGGUCAUUUGCUUCACUGAGAAGAAGCGCGGAUCGCCCGAAUUCAAACUGCACAUCCGCGACAUCUACUCCUCUAGGGAGGGCGGACAGACCCCGCUGAGACUUGCGGUCGACCUGCAGAUGCCGGCAGACGCUCCGACGGACUUCCCGCUGUCGAUCCACAUCAGCCAGAAAUUCGGCGUCGUUUACAUCGUCACAAAGGGCGGUUACUUGAUGCUCCUCGACGCCCUGACUGGAACGGAGCUCUUCCGCCACCGCAUUCUGCAGGACGCCGUCUUCCUCGCCACAGACUCCCCGCAAACCGGCGGCAUUCUGACAGUGAACAAGCGCGGACUCGUCUGUCUCUGCAACAUCAACCUCCAAACGCUCAUCCCGUACAUCACACAAGCCCUCGUGUACGUCCCGAACCGACAACAAGUGGCAACCAGCCUCGCAAAAAGAUACGGUCUCCCUGGAGCUGAAGAAACACUGAUGCAGGAGUUUAAUCAGCACUUUGCGUCGGGGAACUACAAGGCGGCGGCGCGGAUAGCGGCGACGCUCAAGAGCGGGAUGCUUCGCACGGCGCAGGUGAUUCAGCAGUUCAAGUCUGUGCCGACGCAGCCGGGGCAGACUUCCGCGAUUUUGGUCUAUUUCUCGACGCUGUUGGACUACGGGACUCUGAACGCAGUGGAGAGCCUGGAGCUCGUGCGCCCGGUCGCCGUGCAAGGUCGCAAGGACUUUGUAGAGAAGUGGCUGAACGAGGGGAAGCUGGAGUGCACCGAAGAGCUCGGGGACGUGGUGCGCACGCUGGACGUACAGCUGGCGGUGCGGGUGUAUCGGGAGGCGAAGGCGGGCGCGAAGGUGCUGCAGGCGCUGACAGAGUUGGGGAAGUUCGACGAGAUCAUUGCGUUCGCGAAGGAGACCAAGUUCGAGGCAGACUACUCUGUGCUCCUGCGGAACCUGGUGAACGUCCAUCCUGAGAACGCCGUCAAGUUUGCGCAGCAGCUUCUGUCCGCCGAGCCGCCGCUCGCCGACGUGAACCAAGUGAUCGAUGUGUUGCUGCAGCAGCGCAAGUUCCAGGAGUUCACCUCGCUGCUUCUGGACUAUCUGAAGAGCAAUAAACCGGAGCAGGGCCCUCUUCAGACGCGCCUUCUGGAAGUGAAUCUGCUCCAUUCGCCGCAGGUCGCGGAAACGAUCUUCCAGAUGGACAUGCUCACGCACUUUGACCGCGCGAAAGUCGCGGCGCUCUGCGAGAAGGCAGGUCUCUCGCAACGCGCGCUCGAAUUCUACACGGACAUCGCGGACAUCAAGCGCGUCAUGCUGCAGUCGGGCGGGAAGAUCAGUCAGGAAUUCACGCAGCAGUUCUUUGGGAACUUGCCGCCGGAGGCGAGCCUCGAAAUCCUCACAGACAUGCUCCGGAGCUCGUCGCAGAACCUCCAGGCGGUUGUCGCCGUCGCCAUCAAGUUCCACGGCCAAAUCGGCACGACGAAACUCGUCGAAAUGUUUGAAAAAUUCAGCAGCUUCGAGGGAAUCUUCUACUUCCUCGGCUCCAUCCUCGCGUUCUCCACCGACCCCGAAGUCCACUUCAAGUACAUCGAAGCGGCAGCCAAACUGAACCACACUCAAGAAGUCGAACGCGUCUGCAGAGAAAGCAAAUGCUACGAACCACAGAGAGUCAAAGAAUUCCUCAAGCAAGCGAAGCUUCCGGACCCUCGACCGCUGAUAUACGUGUGCGAUUUGCACGGGUACGUGACGGAGUUGGCGGAGUAUCUGUUCAAGAACUCUCUGCUCAAGUACAUCGAGGUGUACGUGUCUCGCGUCAACUCCGCGAACGCGCCUCUGGUCAUCGGGACUCUGAUUGACCAAGACGCAGCUGAGGACUUCAUCAAGAAUCUUCUCCAGAGCGUUCGCGGCGGCUGCUCGGCGCAGCAGCUAGUCGACGAAUUCGAGAAGAGAAAUCGCCUGCGUCUCCUGCUUCAAUGGCUCGAAGCGCGCGUCGCGGAAGGCAACCAAGAACCCGCGGUCCACAACGCUCUCGCAAAGAUCUACAUUGACACAAACAGAGAUGCAGAGAACUUCUUGAAGACGAACGCGUAUUAUGACUCUCUGGUGGUCGGGAAGUACUGCGAAGAAAGGGACCCUCACUUGGCGUUCACCGCCUACAAACGGGCGUGGGGCGCAUGCGAUGAGCAACUCGUCGAUCUCACCAACAAGAACGGACUCUUCAGACUUCAGGCCAGAUACCUUGUGGAGCGUCAAGCGCCGGAGCUCUGGGCCUACGUGCUGCGCGAAGAAAAUCCUCACCGGCGCCAAGCGAUCGAUCAGGUGGUGUCGUCCGCGCUUCCAGAGUCGUCUUCUGCUGACGAAGUCUCGGCGGCGGUGAAUGCCUUCAUCAACGCACAGCUGCCGCACGAGUUGAUUGAACUCCUCGAGAAGAUCGUGCUCCACAACAGCGACUUCAGCAACAACAAAAACCUCCAAAACUUGCUCAUCCUGACUGCAAUGAAAGCGGACAGCAGCCGCAUCAUCGACUACGUGAACCGACUCCAAAACUACGACGGCGCCGCUGUCGCGCAGGUGGCGAUGGACUACGGUUUGCGAGAGGAGGCGUUCACGAUUUACAAGAAGUUUGGGUUGUUUGGAGAGGCUGCUGAUACAUUGUUGAAGUCUGCCGAGGAGGGCGGCGAGGCGGAUCUGGAGCGCGCGGUCGAGUUUGCGCAGCGUUGCAACGAAGUGGAAGUUUGGAAUAAGCUGGGCCGAGCUCAGCUGAAGAACCAGAGAGUCCGAGACGCCAUUGAAAGCUUCUUGAAGGCCGGAAACGGUGACAUGUACAAGGAAGUCGUGGACGCAGCCGCUGCGGCGGACGCUUACGACGCCCUUGUCGAUUACCUCCUCAUGGCGCGCAAGAAAAUCACUGUGAAGGACCAAGUGAUCGACUCCGAGCUCGUCUACGCCUACGCGAAAACCGACCGACUCGAAGAAAUGGACACUUUCCUCAGCGGCACAAACACCGCAAACGUCCAGGCCAUUGGAGACCGACUCUUCGAGGAAAAACACUACAAGGCAGCCAAGCUUCUGUAUGCGUCUUUGCCGAACUACUCGAAGCUGGCAAGCUGCUUCGUGUGCUUGGAGGAUUUUGCGGCCUCUGUGGACGCCGCGCGGAAGGCGAAGAACCCGAAAACGUGGAAGGAAGUAGCGUUCGCGGCUCUGAGCAAGGGCGAGAUCAAGUUCGCGCACACCGCCGCCUUGAGUCUCAUUGUGCACCCAGACCAUCUGGACAGCCUGAUCGAAAGAUACGAACAACUCUGCCUCUUCAAGGAACUCAUCGAGCUCUUGGAGCAAGGCCUGCAGGGCGAGCGCACACACGUCGGCUUAUAUACGGAGUUGGGGGUCCUCUACGCCACCUACGACAGCAGCAAAUUGAUGGACUACAUUCGCCAGCACAGCGGCAGAAUGAACAUUCCGCGUUUGAUCCGAGCCUGUGAACGGCAGAAUCUGUGGAAGGAGGCAGUGUAUCUCCACAUGAACUACGAUGAAUACGAACAAGCGGCGAACUGCCUCAUCAUGCACCCUGCAGCGUGGACUCACGAGCUCUUUGUCCAGAUUCUGCAAAAGGUGUCGAACAGCGACUUGUUUUACCGCGCGAUCAGCUUUUACUUGGAGUACCAUCCGCUGCAACUCUGUUUGCUGCUCAAGUCUUUGGAGAAGAAGCUGGAUCACUCGCGCGUCGUUCAGCACGUCAGGAAGGCCGGACACCUCGCCGUUGUGGAGAAAUACUUGCACGACACUCAACACCUGAACAUCACAGCCGUGAACGAAGCAGUCAACGAGUUGUUGGUGGAGGGCGAAGACGUGGACGGUCUCCGAGAAAGCAUCCUCGAAUACGACAAUUUUGACCAACUCGCUCUCGCGCAAACCCUGGAGAACCACCCUCGCGUCGAAAUGAGACGGUUGUCGGCUCUGCUCUUCAAGAAGAACAGAAAAUUCAAACAGGCGAUUGAACUCUCGAAGCGUGAUCGCCAGUACCAAGACGCCAUCGACGCAGCUCGGGAUUCAGGCAACUCGCAACUCGUCGGAGACCUCUUGCGAUUCUUCCUUUCCGAUCUGGAAGACCCAGCGGGAUUCGCAGCGUGCCUAUACGCCUGCUAUCCUCUGGUGAAGCCCGACGUUGCUCUCGAGCUCGCCUGGCGACACAAGUGCAUGGACUACUGUAUGCCUUUCCUCAUUCAGGUGGUACGUGAAGUAACGACACGCGUCGACGCUUUGGACAAGAAGGAGGAAACUCGCGAGAAGGAAGAAGAGAAGCAGAAAAGUGCACCGAACGACUAUGUCCCGGACUACAACAUGCCACCCACAGGGACAAUGCUGCCUGGGAUGGGCGGCCUCGCCCUCAUGCCUCCUUCGUACACUCCGCAGGCAAACGCGUUUCCGCCCAUGGGUGCCUCGGCUGGAAUGAUGGGCUCCGCCCCUCCUGCAAACCUCGGACAACCUUUUGCUCCCUUUUAA